GAUCCUGGCGGCCGGGACGGGGGCCAAGCUCAUGCCGUGCGGGCGCAGAAACUGAGUCACCGUGACUUUGUUCCAGGAUGGGCUUCUGGUUCGCUUCUUAGUCAUUAGUUAGCGAUCUCCGAGGGAGUUACGCCGUGAAAUUCAGCGCCGUUUGGAAACUGAGGGUGCUGUCUCUGGCUUUAGUGCGGACCGUCCGUUCUGGUGCCGCCUGAGCCCCGCGGGCCGAGGCGCUGGUGCGUUCCGGGCCUUGUGUGCCGGCACGCUGGGGCUGGGCCGGCCCCGGGGCUUUCUGCCUGAGGGAACCCUCUUCGGUGAGGCAUCGGGGCGAAACGAAAUGCUUAACGCGUGGUGAAUCGAACGCGAAGGGGUUUCUCGUCCCUCUGCUGUUGGGAAUGAUCGAGUCACGCUUUCAGUUUGCUGCGGUAUCGACACGGCGGCUUUACAGAGGCGAGCGGCCGCCAGGGCCGCGGGACGGGGCUGGCUCCAGCCCCGCCGCCUUUGUCUGCCGCCGGCGGGGGGCGGCGCGGCGGGGCGGGCCGGUUCCUGGCAGGGGCGGCGGGGAGCCCGGCUCCGCCCUGGGCCGCGCAGCUGCCGCCGGGCGCUCUGAGGAAGUGAUAUUUAAAACAGCCGGGAGAAGAUGUGAGGAGCAGAGGGAGCGGCGGGGCGGGAUGGGAUGGGCGGCCUGAGGGGCAGCGCUGGGCGGGCGGGGUGGCGGUGAGCCCGGCGGAGCUGCCGCCGCCGCGACGGGGCUCGGCUCCGGUCUCCCUCCCUGCGCCCUCCUGCCUUCUCCCUGCCUCUCUCCUGCCUUCCCCUCCCCGCCUGCCUUCCUCUCCCUCCCCGCCGUCUCUUGGUAACCCCGAAGGCAACUCGAGAAACAGCCCGGGACCCGCGACGCCGGCGUUUCUGCAUUUUUAAGGUGGAAAUACCGGCGUGCCAGCGGGCGGCUGCAGCAGACAAUUUUUUUUUUUUUUCCCAUUUUUAUUUUUUCCCUACCAGAAGGCUAAUCUUGUUUUGGUGGCGUUCUUAAAUUGGGACAAAACGCAGGAAUCUCACUGAAGGGAAGCAAAAGCCGAUUGAUUCUUGUGAGGCUCUGGGACAUUUGAAAGUGAUUUGGAAAGAGCAAAGUCUGUGUCUGAUGGACACCGAACCAAAACCAGCGUGUGUUGUGCAGCAGGCUCGCUGCCCAGGAAUGAAGUGCCCUCCUUCAGAGGACUUUCCUCCUCAGAUAAGACUGUCUGAAAAGAUACCACCCGUGAAGCCUUGCUUCAAGAAGAAGCAGCAAGUGCAGAAGAGACUGGACACAGAAACUCUUCGGGCUUUGAGGCCAAUCUUUACCAGUUUGCUGGGAGCUGGGACCUUGGAUAGGGUCUUUUUGCCCCGAGGCCAAGGUGGCGGUCACAGUGAUUUAUGUGAACCUGCUGUGAAAAAGUCUCUGGAUGUUGGUACUUCUUGCCCCCAACCAGAAAGUAACGUGACUGUGCUGAUGCCAACAGCUCCAGAGGUGCAGAGUCAGUUGCCAGUAGCUCGUCCUUCUUCUGGGCAUCCGGAGCAGGACAUCCAGUCAGGCGAACAGGGCUUCUCACCAGAAACUGCUCCUGGAACUGCUGCUGAUAACAGUAAUGAAUCAUUCCAGGAUCAUCCUUUGCACCCAACUGCUGGUGGUGGUGCAGCUUGUCCUUUGUUCCCAGACAAGAUUCUGGAAAGCUACACAUCUGGCCUAUUCCACGAGAAUAGCUGUCCGAUGCAGUACAACUUGAACCCAAGCAAUAAAUUCAGUGCCGGAAUAUUCCAGGAUAAAAGCGAAGAAGCUUCUCUUGACCUGGUAUUUGAGCUCUUGAACCAGCUGCAGUAUCACACUCAUCAGGAAGACGGAAUAGAAAUCUGUGUGGAUUUUCUCCAAGGCACUUGUGUUUAUGGCAAUGAUUGUCCUAAACAUCAUACAGUCUUGCCUUACCAUUGGCAGGUGAGAAGGACAGCAACCCAGAGUUGGCAAAGUGUGACCAAUGAUUCUCAGGAGCAUCUGGAAAGACUCUACUGCAACCCUGACAAUGAUAGGAUCAAAGUGAAAUAUCGGGGACAUGAGUUUUGGGUGGAUUUGAAUGUUAUGAAAUUAUAUGAAACAGUUGAGUUUGACCAAAUGCGGCGGCUGUCCACACCUUCCUGCCCCAGCUCCAGCUCCAACUACUACACCGUCUGGAAAUACUUCUGCAGGGACCACUUUGGCUGGAGAGAAUACUCGGAGCCUGUUGUAAGAUUGAUAGAAGAAGCCAGCUGCCGGGGUCUGAAAGAGGUUCGGUUUGUUACCUGGCACAAUCAGUAUAUCUUAAACAUCAAAGAUGGAUUCCAGCAAAAUGCAUGUUUCAGAAGAGAAAUCAAGAGGAGACCCCUUCUUCGCUCAUGCAUUGUGCUGAUGCCGUUUUUACAGACCUUAGGUGGCAACUCUCCAGUACCCUCCCCAUCGGCCGAACCAGCUUCCUCACACGUCUUAUCUCCCGCUGCUGUUACCUCUCCAAACUUCUAUCCUGAAACCUGGAUUAGUAUGGAUCCAUCUCAGGACUUCAUCCAAGUGCCUGUUCUGAAGGAAGAUAAAAGCUAUAGAACCAUUUAUAACCUAUUUCACAAGACUGUGCCAGAGACCAAAUAUAAAAUUUUGAAAAUUCUGAGAGUCCAGAAUCAGUUUCUUUGGGAGAAAUACAAAAGGAAAAAGGAAUAUAUGUCAAAAAAAAUGACCGGGCUUGACAGGAUAAUGAACGAAAGGCAUUUGUUCCAUGGCACCUCCCAGGACGUGGUGGAUGGAAUCUGCAAGCACAACUUCGACCCGCGCGUCUGCGGGAAGCAUGCCACCAUGUUUGGACAGGGCAGUUACUUUGCCAGAAAGGCAAGCUAUUCCCAUAAUUUUUCCAAAAGGUCACCCAAAGGAGUUCAUUACAUGUUCCUGGCCAAAGUCCUGACAGGAAGGUACACAGUGGGCAACCACACCAUGAGGAGACCUCCCCCGGUGAACCCCGGCAGCAUUACCAGCGACCUCUAUGACUCUUGUGUGGACAAUUACUUUGAGCCUCAGAUUUUUGUCAUUUUUAAUGAUGAUCAGAGCUACCCUUAUUUUAUUAUCCAAUAUGAAGAAGUUAGCAACACUGUCUCCAUUUGAAAACUUGUGCUGCUAAAUUACUCAUUUUAAUAAAGUCUCUUACCUGGCAUUGGUAGCAGUUUUUUGCGGGGGCGGGGGGGGAAAUGUGGACGUUGCAGAACUGAUUCAAUUACCUGCUUGGAAGGAAGGAAAUCUCAAAAUAUAGAAAAGAAGAUCUGAAGUGACCAAUUGUGCACUUGCUGUUUGAUUAUGUAUGUGCAAAUUGUAAAUAUUUUUCCAUUGUUUAUAGUUGAAAAUCCGUGCCUUUUGUUAUAAAACACUGUUUAUUUAUGUUAGUAAAUAUUCAUGUUUAAAAAUG